UAACAAACUAUCCAUGAUCCUCAACUCCUCCUCCUCCUCCUCCUCGUUCUUGUCACUUUGUCCAACAUGGCUGCGUCCAUGGCGAGGACCUGCCGUUAUGCAUCGCGGCAUGGAUCCUGUAUGCUGCCUAGGCGAACGGGUCUUUGCCUCACACUCAGGUCUAAGUUUCACAUUUCUUCAACUGCACAUAACGGACUGCUCUUUUCUCUAAAUAAACGCGGUAUUCUGAAGGACUCCUUCCCUGAAGACGCAGCGCAGGACCAGCUCCCUCGGUUGCUCCAGUCCGGUCCUCAGACUGUAUAUUGCGGCUUUGACCCCACGGCCGACAGCCUCCAUGUGGGCAACUUGCUCGCUAUCAUCGGCCUGCUCCACUUCCGAAACGCCGGGCACCAUGUCCUCGCUGUGCUCGGAGGGGCCACGGCACAAAUCGGAGACCCGAGCGGCAAAACGAGCGAGAGGGAGCGGUUGUCCGCGGACACCGUGGAGGCGAGCACCCGCAGCAUCCGGGAGAGCAUCCAGAGGAUCUUCACCAACCACGAACUGCACUUCCACGACAGUUCCCGUAAGCUGGGCACCGCCACUGUACUGAACAACCUGAGCUGGUACAAGGACUGGGGCGUGGUGGGGUUUCUGUCGGAGGCCGGAAGGCACUUCAGGAUGGGCACCAUGCUCAGCCGCCACAGCGUGCAGUCCAGGCUGAAGAGCGCAGACGGUAUGAGCCUGACAGAGUUCACCUACCAGGUGUUCCAAGCUUAUGACUUCUACCACCUGAACCAAAUAUACGGCUGCAAGAUUCAGCUCGGGGGCACCGACCAGCUGGGCAAUCUGAUGUCUGGCCAUGAGUUCAUUCACAAAGUGAGCGGUGAGGAGGUGUACGGCCUGACCAUCCCGCUGGUGACCAGCUCUGUCGGGGACAAGCUGGGGAAGACGGCAGGCAAUGCAGUGUGGCUCAACAGAGACAAGACGUCUCCCUUUGAACUCUACCAGUUCUUUCUCAGGCAGCCUGACGCCAGUGUGGAAGGAUACCUGAAGCUGUUCACCUUCCUGCCUCUGGCAGAGGUGGAGAGGCUGAUGGAGCAGCAGAGAGAGGAUCCAGGUAAACGCCUCGCACAUAAACGGCUGGCUGCCGAGGUGACGAAACUGGUGCAUGGAAAGGAGGGCCUCGAGAGUGCAAAGAGAUGUACCAACGCGCUGUACCACAGCAGCGUGCAGGCCUUGGAGGAAAUGAGUGACGAGGAGCUUCAGGAGCUCUUCAGGGAGGCUCCCUUCCAUGAGCUGCUGUUGGAGCCGGGAACCACUGUGAUAGACACCUGCCGCAGGGUCAACGCCAUCCCAGAGGGACCCAAAGGCACAUACAAGCUGUAUGAUAUAAAACAGAGAAGAGCAGCAAAUCCUUACAUGAGAAGCUGGAGCCGGUGAAUGUUUGGCAGUUUGCGGUGAUAAACAGCUCAAAUGACGAAUCAAUUUGCCAAAAUUAUUGGCAAUUCAUUUUCUUUCCAUGAAAUAAUCAUGUAUUACGUGACAAUUUAGCAGUUCGAUCUUUUUAUAUUGGUAAGUGUUCAAUACAUGGGGUAUUGCAUGCGGUAUUGCAAUGCAUAUUAAGUUGAUAGAAAAUUAAUUGCCAACAGUUUCAGCGAAUCAAUUAUUUAUUUAAGCCAUUUACUGUGUAGUGUGAGCACAGUACACCGUAUAAUCUGCCAGGUGUGUGAUGAUGCACUGCAGUUUUGAUAUUGGUUGGAAUAAAUUUUCAUUUACAUCCACACUUGAGUCAGAUUGUAGGCUUUAGAAUACAAGGUGUGUAAAGAUGGAUGACAAGUUUGCAUGUUCAUGAUGUGUUUUGAAGCAAUGCAAGGUAAUGUUGUGACUAUUUCAGACAAGUUAUGGAGAGCAAACCCUGUACUAACUGACUG